AUGUUUGUGACCGACGAGGCCGGUGAGGAGGCCGUCGCUGCUGCGCGGUUCACCGUUGGUGGCCGCGUUGUCGACGUUACCAGCCUUGCGGCCUCCUCGCGCGCAAAGUCACCUGAGCCCGACGAGCUCUCGGGCCUGCCAGGUCUCGAUCCGGCGCUGCUGCUCGAGAACGCGUCGACCGUCCCGCUCCCUCCAGCACGUGACGUUGUUGUUUAUGACUCGACGGAUGCAUCGGCGCCGCUCGCGCCUGUCAAGGGCCCCAAGCCGCGGGUAGCACCCUUUGACGCCGCAUCCUCGCAUUUUGCCUCGCUCUUGCCUGACGCCCGCGCCGCACUUGACGCACUCGCCGCAGCCCGCGCCCAUGCCGGCCUCGCCCCGCUCUUUUUGACGACUCGCCACCUGCACUACGAGCUCGAGCACCGCGCAGGCUACUCCUCUAUCGGUGACGACGUCGCGCGAAAGGCUGCUGUUGCUGUGGGCUCCUCGGGCGUCGCCGCCCUCGCCACCGGCGUGCUCGCCGAUCCCGACGCCCGCGCCAAGGUCUUUGUCCGCCACCCGUCGCGCAUCGGCCUCGCCACCGUUCCGCUCGCCACUCCGCGCACCGGCCUCACCGGCGAAGUUGUCCUCGUUGUUGUCCUCGCCGCCAUCGACGGGCCGGAAAAGACAGAGUUUGCCGCCCUCCCGCGCGUUGUACCCUGGCCGCCUCCCGAAGCCCGCAAGCUCCACCGCGCCUGGCGUCCGCUGCCAUCCGAUGCCCCGACCGCUCUCCGCGCUCAUUCCUUUCAUGCUGCCCUUGCCAACCUACCGGGCUUCUCGCCGGACGCCACCCUCGGCUACCCGAUCACUCUAGCGCUUGCGCCGGCUGACGCCGCCGACCUCAUCGACUGUGCCGCCCACAUUGCGGCCGUCACUGCCGAGCCCGGCGCCUCGCGUGCACCGACUCCCCUUGACGCAUGGGUCCUUGCCCCUUCGCCGCGCCUCGCCAACGCCCGGCGCUUCUCACCGCUACCAGACACCAUCGUGGUCAUACCCACUUGCCCGCUGCCGGUCAACGCCCGCGUCGACGUCGAACUCACGCUCUCAUUUGCCUCGGCACCCGAGCUGUGUCUCAGCUGGUCGUUCACCACCCGCGGCCACGCCGAGUUUAUCGUCAACGCCCAUGCCAGCUUUGAGACCUCGCCUCUCACCACGCUUGCUUCUGUCCUCGCGGCCUCGCUCGCACUGCCACUUCGAACUGACGUGCCCGCUCAGUGCGCACACGGCGACUCGCAGCUCGUGGCGAGCGGCGAAGAGGUGACCAUUCGGUUCGGUCCUGGCAUCCACGACCUCAGCCCGUGGUUUGCCAAUGCCUCGGCACCACCGCUAGUCUCGACUUCGCGGUCGCUCGUCCUUGUCGGAUGCGAUCCCGAAAUCGGCGAGUCGGUACUGGUCGUUCCGUCGCGCGCGGCAGACACGAGUUCGGCCAUCACUCCGCUACCUGUGAUUCGCCUGCUGUCGCCAUCGCACCUUCGUCCGUGCGUCGAAGUCCGCAACAUUGCCUACCGUGGCCCAAGACCGCUGCUGGACGUCCCCAACCAUUCCCGUGUAGUCCUCACCGGAGCCUCAAUUUCGUCCACUGUUUCGAGUGUAGCCUGCGCCGGCAGCGGAGCAAGCUUCUCGCUCCGCUCGGUCCGCAUGGUCGACAUCGGCCCCAAGCGUGCACCCGGUACCAAGCCGCCUCCACUCUUUGCCACCCGUCCCGGCGCCACGAUCUCGACCGUUCUCGUUGGCUCGCGCAAUUGGUUCCAUCACGUCGGCGCCGAGUGGCAUACAUUCGAGUGGCAGAGCGACCCCGACGAGCCUGACAUCACCUCGGCCACGCUACAGCUCACCGCCAACCCGCCGUCUUCCGGACCGGUGCCGGGCAACGAUGCAAGCACCAAGCAGACACAGAUCGAGCUCUACGAGUGGGUCUUUCGCAUCCAUUCGGCGACCAACUUGCCGCAGAUGGACCGAUUUGGCUCGUGCGACGCUUUUGUGGUGCUCCUUCUCAACGGCAAAGAAAUUGGCCGAACGUCCGUGGUCUCCAAUUCAUGUAACCCGGUGUGGCCAGAGACCGAGCCUGGCGGCGAGAUUGUGGUCUCGGGCCGUACUGGGCACAGGCUCACCUCAUCGCACGCCCGACUCCGCCUCGAGGUCCGCGACCACGACCGCGGCUCGAAAAACGACGCGGUUGGCUGUGUUGAAGCCAAGGCCUGUGAAUGGGCGUCUGGCUCCGGCUUUGUGCCGCGCGAGUACGCGCUCGAGCCGCUGCCCCGGUCAUCUGAGUCGUCAGACACCAGCUCCAACGCCGACCAAGAGCUGGGAUCUAUUGUGGUUUCGCUGGCGCGGCGCCCGGUCACCGCGGCCGCCAAGCUUGUUACCUCGUUUUCGUCGGUCUCGCUGCCGUCGCCGACAAGUCCUGUUGCGCCGCCGUCGUCGUCGUUUUCCGAGUGCGACGAGACAUCUGGUUCGGUCCCGUUCGCACAUUGGCGUGUGGGCGUCGCUGCCGUGGUGCCUCUGGUCCAUGAGCUUGCCGACGUGCUUGCCCUCGUCUCCCCGCGGGACGUUGUUCACAUCCUGCCCGGUCGCCACGCUCUUGCUGCUCCCGUGGUCAUCCCGGUCCCAGAUCUCACCAUCAUGGGCGCGUCUAAGGCGUGUGUUUUUGAGCCACGCGCCGCUGCUCCGGGCUCUCCGCUUGUUUUGGUGCCUUCCUCGGCCUCGCCGUUUAUGAUGUCCGAGGUGACGCUGGACAUGGGCAAAGAGGCAUGCUCCGCUCCGCUGUACCUCAUGCCUGGUGCAGUGGCCCAUCUGGCGCAAGUGACGACGCUCUCGCGCGGAACCGGCCUCCUUGCCGCGUACAUGAUCGAACCAGGCGCCAAGCUCUCUGUCGAGCUCUGCGACUUUACCCGCAUGUUCACUGAUCAUGUGGCGUACGUCCGCCCGCUUCCGCCGCGUUCGCCUGGCCUCGGACUCCCCGGUGCGUUUCUGGACGGUGGCGGCAACAUGUGGAGGAUGCGCGGCUCCCUAGUGGCCGGCGACGUCUCGCGGUCGUCCAAGUCGAUCUCGCAGCGGACCGGCCGGCUCAUCUCGACCGCGUCCGACGGCGGCACCGUUACUGUCACCCGCGGCAAGUCGAGCACCGGCUCGAGCUCGGCUCCAGGCGAACCGGUCUCGGGUGUGGUGUGGGACGUGAGCUCAGACGCCGAGUUUGCUUUUGCCGCUGAAAAGUUUGGCGAUGGUGACCACCUAGUCCUCGCUCCCGGUACCUACGAGCUGACCGAAGCGAUGUGGAUUGGCAACGGGCUCUCCUGCGUAGUGCGGUCGUCGCGGAAGACUCGCAAGGCCGACGCUCGCGUCGUCCUUAGCCGCGCCAAAGGCAGCGUUGCUCCAUUUGCCUCGGUCGAGUCCAGGGGCCAACUGACGUUGGAAAACGUGACUCUCGACAACAGCGGCGACGACACUCCGGCGUUUGUUAUCGAUGGCGAGGGCUCGGAAGUUGUGCUGAAGCACGUCGACGCUCGCCGGUUCGGCAACGCCAAGCUUGGGCUCGGCGUUGUCGGUGCUGGCGCCACACUUCGUAUUGAGGGCACGUUUGACUUUGUCACUUUCGCCGGUCCACACCUCGCCCACGUAGCGGGCCCCUCGCCCGACUCGGGUGCCGACGCCGGAGCGCUUGUGCUCGCCCCAGGCGUGUACCACGGGCGAGCGCCGCCGGUAAGCGGCGACGUGCGGAACGUCAGUCUUGUCGGCUCGGCGUCGUCAUCGGAGCAUGCCACCACAUGGCAGGUGGCGGUGGAGCCCGAUUCUGAGCGGGAACAUACGCUUCAGGCCGUCAUGGGCCUCUACUCACACGGCGACACCAUCGCCAUGGCCCCGGGCCGGUACGAGCUCCAGCACGAGCUCGAGUUUGCACGCGGGCUUGAUGUCUCGAUCGUGGCAACUGGCGAGGUGGUCGUUGUCCGCGGCGCAAGCAAUGACGACGCGCUCUUUGGGACCGGGCCGGGUGCCCAGGUGACCUUUGGCGCAAAUGGCCGCGGGGCGCGGCUUGUGCUCGACAAUGCAGGUUCGUUGCACCCGAUGCUCAACGUGGCAGCCGAGACCCUUGUCUCGCUUGACAGCGUCGUGCUGGCCAACAUGGGCAAGUCGUACUUUGCUCGGAUAGAGCCGGGCGGCAAGCUCGAGCUACACGCCGUCGACCUGACCCGCUACACAUCUCCAUUCCUCGCCUACGCCGUCGACACUUCGGCAACGAUCGCCGUCGACAACCACGCCGUGACCUGGGGCGACACGCGGCCGGUGUCCAACACGGACUAG